UGAUAGGCAUCGAUAUCGAUAUUCUGUGCAACAUUGCCAUUGCAUGUCUCUAAAAAACUAAAUAAUUGAAACAAAAAGCGGUGAACAAAGCUGAUGUUUUUUGCCUAUCAGUAAAAAGUAAAAGAUAAAAUAAACGUUUUCUGAAAAAGUGUAAAGAUUUUGGAUACCUCGCCCCUUUUGCCUUCAAUUCAAUAAAAUACGUGCUUUGGUAAGUGUUAAUGAAUAUCAUCUGUUACAAUGCGACACGAUAUAUCGAUAAACGUGUGUACCAUAUCUAGCUGAUAGGUACCACCUCUAAGUAAGUUAGUCACAAAUAAACCUUUGCUACGAAAGCACACAAGCGCGGCAUUUUAUUUCUAUAUUUCCAUCCAACAUUGUUACUAUGGACAUCUACUAUAUAUUAGUUAUAAUCAUAGGAUUUUCGGUCUGUAAAGCCGACUCUAAUAUAACUUGCGGCUGCUUGAUGUACGCUGAAGAGUGGGAAAGUGAAAAUACCUGCGAUUGUUCCAAUCAGACCAGUAAUGAUUUUAAAUGUCUAUCGGAAUUGAAGCUGAACAUCUUAAAACUACAAAAAAAGAAAUAUGGCUCCCCACCGAGUGCAAUGUUGCAGGACGAUUUCAGCAACUUGACAUACAUAGACCUUUCAUAUAAUGAAAUAACUGAACUGCCAGAUGACUGGGUCAGACACUUUCCCAGCCUAAGGAAAAUCAACCUGGACCACAAUCGAUUGCCUAAUGCACUUGAGUUAAUAGAGAAGUAUCCAAAUAUCAAAAUCACCGUACACGACAACCCAAUCAUCUGUGAUUGCGAACAUUGCUCAAAGCAGAUCCUGUACAUUGCAAAUAAUCAUAAUCAGACAAUAAUGUGCAGCAAUGAUGAAAGUAAACCAAUAUCAUACUACACAUACUGUGUGGCAAACUGCUCCCUACCGGAUAAUACGGAUAAAUUCAGCGAAUUCUGGCUUGUGCUAACUGUUAUAAUGUUGAUAGUAAUUGUGAUAGUAAUAGUAAAGUAUAUACGGGUCAUCAGGUUAGCGCUCCCCCCUUACACUCAAUCUCAAAGCUGAGUAAAACCUAAAACCAUCAAAGCUUCAUCUUUAAAUUCAAUUUAUUUAAGUUAAUGACCAAAAAUAACACCGGUAUUUUAUGCUAUUAUUAUUUUUAA